AUGCUAUCUUUCAUUGCUGUUACGCUGGGGCUCCUCCUAUGUGUUCAGCUCUGGAGGAAGCUGCGAGACAAUAACAGCAAUCUUCCACCUGGACCAAAAGGCUUCCCCAUCGUUGGGAAUAUCACAGAUGGGCCUCCUGGCAAUAUUCCUGAAUAUGAACACUGGCUCAAGUUCAAGGACGCUUACGGCCCCGUAAGCUCCGUGAGCAUGCUUGGACAGCCCAUCAUUCUUCUCCACGAUCGUGAUGCGAUACGCGACAUCUUGACCAAAUCCUCGAAAAUAACGUCAUCUCGACCCUCGUUCGCUUUUGCAGACAUGUGCGGAUUCGGGGGGCUACUGAACCUUUUGUCGUUCAAUUCCACCUACCUGCAACACCGUAAAAUGAUCCACAAACAUUUCGGCACAAAGCUCGUGGCCGAACGUUUCAAGCAAGUAGAGAACCUUGAAUCCCACCGUUUUCUUUGGAACAUUCUCAACGAUCCAGCCGGCUUGUUCAAGCAUGUCAAGUCUGAAGCGAGCGCCGUCAUUCUUCGCAUCACGUAUGGUUAUUCCAUCACUCCCGACUCCCCCGAUCCAUUGGUUCAUAUGAUCGAAGAGACAAUGGAUAUAUUCGGUCAGGCAUCCGAUCUGUUGGCAUGGGCAGUCAAUGCAUUUCCCUUUCUCAAACAUCUUCCCGAGGGCCUUCCAGGCACGUCGUUCAAGCAGACAGCUCGAGACUGGAACAAGCAGCUUAACAAAACGCUCAACACUCCCUACGAAUAUGUGAGCAAGGAGAUGGCCAGAGGGACUCACAAACCAUCCUAUGUCUCAUCACUCAUUGAGCAGGAGAAGGAAGGGGCAGAGAAGUCAGGCAACAUCCAAGCAAGCACAGAAGAUGUCAUCAAGAAGACAGCUGUUGUCAUGUAUGGCGGUGGUUCAGAUACCACUGUUGCUUCCCUCUAUGCUUUCAUCCUGGCCAUGAUACUUUACCCAGAUGUCCAGAAGAAGGCGCAACAGGAAAUUGACACCGUCGUCGGCAACGGCAGACUACCGCAGUUUGAAGACCGAGACCAGCUGCCGUACGUCAACGCCAUAGUCAGUGAAGUCUUUCGAUGGCAUCCUGUUGCACCGCUAGCCAUACCGCACAAGGCCGACGAACAAAUGAGCUAUGGCGGCUUCCGAAUCCCCAAAGGAGCGUACCUCAUAGCAUCUGUAUGGUGGCUUCUGAACGACCCGCAGACGUAUUCGAAUCCCUCCUCUUUUGAUCCUGAACGCUUUCUUGCGCCUCGCAACGAGCCGGAUCCCACCGACGCAAAUUUUGGCUUCGGUCGUAGGGUUUGCCCCGGGCGCUUCGUAGCCGAUCAAACCGUUUUCAUUACCGUCGCUCGCCUCUUGGCUGCGUUCAACAUGACGAAUGCCAUAGAUGAAAAGGGUAACAAGAUUGUACCGCAACGAAUCGGCACCCCUGGCUUGAUCAUGCGGCUGCACGACUUUUCGUAUAGCAUCAAGCCGAGAAGUGAAGGGCAUGUCCGCUUGAUUGAGAAUUUUAAAGUGGAAUACCCACUGCAAGACCAGAUAGGCGAGACCCUGGUUGAUGUGUAG